AUGUCCUCUCCCGGUAGUCCAGCGCCAACGACCGCCUUCCCACUGCUCCCCGAUGAGCUCGACGACGCCGUGUACGAUGCGUAUGUCGUCUUUGUGGCCGACAACUUGCGGGGAUGGCUGUCGUCUCGCACGCUCUCAGUCUCUCGCUCACGCAGCGCAUCAAUCCCUCCCACGCCGGCACUCACCACCGCUCCAUCGACCCCAGACUGUUCGGUACGCACUCCAACGACGCCAUUCCCAACCAUACUGAGUGGUCACGCUGUACCACCUCGCUCGUCCAGCCUUCCUCUCGUGCGUGCUAGCCCGCCCAAUCCCUCUAUCAAGCACCGGAUAUCAGCCCCAAUGCCUCUGCGGACCUCGUGGAACCGCUCCAGCACGGCCCACGUCUCCCUCCGCUCAUCCUCCACUCUCUCCAACUGUACUUUGAGCUCGAACCUCUCCCAUUCCGCCUCGAUCUCGCGUCUCAGUCACUCCCCGAGCUCGAGCUCGAGCUCGAACCUCGGCCACUCGACAAGCUCGAGCCUCAGCCACUCGAGCUCAAACCUCAGCCACUCGACGAGCUCGAGCCUCUACAACCCCUCGAUCCUGGAUGCCCAGGUACACCCGGUCCGUGCCUACGACCCGUUCACGGACGGGUUCACGCACAACCUCACCAAGCGGAGCAUCAUGUCUGAGCACUUUGAGCUGCCCGACCUCCCGCUCCCACCAGCCGAUAUCUGGCAUCGCGGGUCGAACAGCAGUGCAUCCUCGGCUCUGCCGAGUAUCAAGGAGGUCAAUGAGGAGCGGCGGCCGGUCGAGCGCGUGUGGUGGUAG